AUGCGGAGAAAUUAUCAGAGACAACUUGGCGAGGCAAUUAGCGAGCCGCAGAUAUUUGCUGAAGCACUGGGCUCUCAAGACCCUCAUCUUCAAGAAAACUGGGAACGGGAGCUUGGUCUCAAGGCAUCUACCCGCAGAUUAGGCAAUGGAGGCAGCGCGAUUCGAGACCCCAAGCGACAGAUCAUAGUGAUCAUGGUGAAUUUGACUCUCGUUGAAAUCUUUGUCACUGGCUUCCGAGGCACAUCCAAACAAUGA